AUGGCUUCUAGCAGUCUCUCAUCUCCAAUCGGCGCGUCAGACAGCCGCAUGUUGACUCCGCGUGUAGACCGCUACCACGUGGACGUGCCACAACAAGACGACGGACUACUUGAUUCUCACGUCGACAUACAGCAACACAAUGAUAAUGACCAUCGGCAGGAAGAAGACGAGCAGAGCGAGGCUGACUACCGCCAUGUCAGAAAUCUGCUAUAUACUUCACAUUUCCUCUCCACUUGGAACUCGCGGCUCUUCGAAUUUGGAGCCGUCUUAUUUCUAGCAAACCUAUUUCCAAACACACUACUACCAGUGUCGGCGUACGCCCUUGCUCGCGCUGCAUCAGCGGCCGUUCUUUCACCAGUACUUGGCGGCUACAUCGACACAGCGAACAGACUAAGUAUAGUUCGGCUUUCAAUAGUUGGUCAGCGAGUCGCUGUCUUCACUUCCUGCACAUUACUGUUCUUCAUKCUACAGUUUGAGAGCUUGCGCGAAUCAAAGCCGCAAUCGAUUGCACUUCUUGCUACUUUGUCGGCGCUCGCGUGCGUCGAGAAGCUGUCUUCGAUCUUGAAUCAAAUUUCCGUGGAAAGGGACUGGGUCGUUGUCGUGGCAGAUGGCGAUGAAGUACGACUGGGAGCCCUGAACUCACAGAUGCGCAGAAUCGACUUGUGGUGCAAGUUGAUUGGCCCGCUCACGAUUGCCUUCAUUGACGGAGCUUCUCCUAUGAUCGCCAUAAUCGUAACAGGCAGUAUGACCGCCGUUUCAGUCUUGGUGGAGUACUUCAGCAUCGCACGAGUCUACAAUGCUGUUCCGGCUUUGCAAGUAGAGAAACAUCGACCAUCACAACCCGCGGGAAGUAACAGCAUCUGGAGUGCACUUCAAUCAUCGUUCUGUGGAACCAUGCUUUACACCAGACAUCGAGCGUUCCUUCCAUCUCUAGCACUAUCUUUCCUCUACCUUACAGUCUUGUCAUUCGGUGGACAGCUGGUCACUUGGCUCUUGAAUCUCGGAGUCACCUCUGGCACAAUCGGUGUCCUUCGAGCUGUCUCUGCGAUAUUCGAACUGUCUGCAACAUGGCUCGCUCCUCUGGUCAUGAAGCGAAUAGGGCCCGUUCGAUCUGGAAUAUGGUUCCUGAAUUGGGAGAUUCUAUGCGUUGCCAUAGCCUGCGGUUUCUUCUGGGCAGACGAGUUGAGUCCAACUCUCGCUGCCAUUGGAACCGUCUCUGCAGUCGUGGCCAGCAGGAUCGGGCUAUGGGGUUUCGACCUGAGCGCGCAGCUUAUAAUCCAAGAUGAGGUAGACCCUGCUCUGCGCGGUACGUUCUCUUCGCAGGAAUCCUCUCUGCAAAGUAUCUUUGAGAUGCUGGCUUUUGCAUCGACGGUUGCUUUCUCAAAACCCGAAGACUUCAAAUACCCAGCUACAAUAUCAGCGGGGGCUGUGAUGGUGGCGGGUAUAUUGUACGCUGCCUUCGUCAGAGUCAGGCGAGGCCAUUUGCUCCAUUUCUCGAAUUGUGUCGAUYGAAACGGGCAAGACAAAGGGCACACGCAUUGGUGGAGAAUCAAGAUCCCAGUGCCGACCAGAGCGCAUGACAACACUGGCAAUCACGAGGAUGAGGCCUUGCUCUCUUCCGAGCAAGAUAGCGAGCCGCGUACAGAACGUGAGCUCGAUGGUCGAUAG